ACAAAACACUAAACGGCGCCGUUACAUGUGUCUUCUUCUUCAGUAAAAAAAAAAAACUUGUGUUCUUCAAACUGCUGAAAGGUUUCAACUUUGAACACAAGAACGAAACUUCCUCGCUCGUUCUCCUCUACUAGCAUCAUCUGAGAUCCAAAUGAUUUGAUUCUACACCGACGUCCAGAUCACGGAAUCACGUUCAUGAACUUUUAUUAUUAUUCUAUCAAAUUCAAAUCACACUCGACCUUUCCUUCGUCUCUAGCAGAUCAGAGGAAGAAGAUAUAAACUUCAAAGUCGUUGUUUCUCUGAUUUGGUUUCUGCAACUUGCUCGAUUCUUCUUCUCUGACUGACCCUUGUUUGACUUCGAGGUUGCAUUAUCCUUGGUCCAUGUUUUGGUAGCACGAGAGGGUAUGAGUCAUUGUAAAUUGCCGGCUCUAAUCGAAGCACAAGUUGAAAUGGGGUCGGUUAAUGAACUUGAGCACAAGAGUCUAUUUAGAAAAGAAGAAGACGCCACGCAAGCUAAAGCAGCUUCUUUGAUGGAGCAAGGAUCACUUUCUCUGAGUUUCCCUGAACACGCAACCAAGUCGCCAAAGAACAGUGUUCUCAGGAGUAUUAAGAUCGUGAUUUUUUCUAACAAACUCAAUAUGUUGUUACCUUUCGGUCCUCUAGCGAUAUUGGUUCACUACAUGAUAGAUAGUAAGGGGUGGGUGUUCUUGCUGAGCUUAAUAGGCAUUACACCAUUGGCUGAACGUCUAGGAUAUGCCACAGAGCAACUAGCUUUUUACACUGGACCAACUGUUGGAGGACUCCUAAAUGCUACAUUCGGGAAUGUGACAGAACUAAUCAUAUCUAUCUUCGCUUUGAAAAAUGGAAUGAUACGUGUUGUUCAGCUGACUUUACUAGGAUCGAUUCUGUCUAACAUGUUGCUUGUGCUUGGCUGCGCUUUCUUCUGCGGUGGUCUAGUGUUUUACCAGAAAGACCAAGUCUUUGACAAAGGAAUUGCAGUUGUGAACUCAGGAUUGCUUUUGAUGGCUGUAAUGGGGAUACUCUUCCCUGCCGUUCUUCACUACACUCACAGCGAGGUUCAUGCCGGAUCAUCAGAGAUGGCCCUGUCGAGGUUCAGCAGCUGCAUAAUGCUUAUAGCAUAUGCCGCUUAUCUCUUCUUCCAGUUAAAGAGCCAGUCUAAUAAUUCUUAUUGCCCUCUUGAAGAGGAAACAAAUCAGAACGAAGAAGCUUGUGGUGAAGAUGAAGAUCCUGAGAUCUCCAAGUGGGAAGCUAUCAUAUGGCUCUCGAUCUUGACUGCUUGGGUCUCCCUUCUCUCUGGCUAUCUUGUUGAUGCCAUAGAGGGUGCAUCGGUCUCUUGGAACAUACCGAUAGCUUUUAUCAGUGUCAUAUUGCUUCCUAUUGUUGGGAAUGCAGCGGAGCAUGCAGGCGCUAUCAUGUUUGCCAUGAAAGAUAAACUGGAUCUUUCCUUGGGAGUGGCUAUUGGUUCCUCUAUCCAGAUCUCCAUGUUUGUGGUCCCGUUUUGUGUGGUGAUUGGAUGGAUGAUGGGUGAACAGAUGGACCUGAACUUCCAGCUUUUUGAGACAGCGAUGCUGUUCAUCACCGUUAUAGUAGUAGCUUUCUUUCUCCAGGAAGGGACAUCGAAUUACUUCAAAGGGUUGAUGCUCAUUCUUUGUUAUUUGAUAGUAGCUGCCAGUUUCUUUGUACACGAAGAUCCUCAUGAAGAUGCUUUAUAAAUACCGUGGAAGAGAGUCUGUUGUGAAGCAAGGUUGGUCUUAACUAAAAAGCUGAUGAUUUCAUGAACACGAAGAUGUAGAUCUGAUUCUAAUGUGGCUUGUUUCCAUAAACUUGAAUUAAGUUAAACGUUUUGGAAGUUUUGUUGGAAUAAGUAAAGGUUAACUCCUUUUGGCUCCCUCCACAGUAAAAUUAAUAUCCUUAAAGUUACAAGUUUUGUUAAUUUACAAUGGUCUUAUGAAAAGUUUGGAAAUUGAUUCUUUGUGA